AUGCUACUAAUCGUGCUCGAUACAUCUCCAUCUAAAAGUCUUCCAACUAUCUCCAUGCAACCUGGACAGUUGCGACGCGAGCAGCCUAUACAACCUUCGUCGAUUCAGAAGAUGCUAGAUGAGAACGUCCGACUUAUACAUAGUCUUAUGGCACAUCAAAGAGUUGGAGCCGUUAAAGAAGCAGUGGAAUUAGAACGUGUUUUACAUCGUAAUCUUAUUUAUUUAGCCACAAUUGCUGACCGUACAGCGACCCAGCCUGCAGUUGGACCAACAAAUUGUUCACACCCAAUUCCUUCUGGUUUGACUCAACCUAGUCAAAUUCAAGACUCGGCACCAAAUUAUCCAUUAUCUGUAGUUAACGCAUCAUCGGAUUUAUCUCAGUCGUCUGUUGUUGGACAACCUCAUCAAAUUUCAGUUAGUUCGUCAGUUCAGCAUCCAGUACCUAUGGCAGUCGGUCCUACGACAAUAUCUACUGUUGGAAAUCCUAUUAUGUAUCAGCAGUAUCUUGUUUCCUCUGCUUCUCAUGUUCCAAAUAAUUUACAAGUUACACCACAAAAUCAUAUGGCAAUAGGUGGUUCUGGUCAGUUUCAACAACAUGAACGUGUAGUGCAACAUUCUGAUGGACAAAUCGCAUCUGUCGAAUCGAGUGGUACUGUUUCACCCAAUUCAAUCGCAAUGGUUUCCUCAUAAUUUACAUGUAUUAAAAACAAGUUUAUGUGUUCAUACUGUUCAAUUAUGUUGAUUCGUUUAGACUAACCUAAACCCCGACGUUCAAAAAUGAGUGACCAAUAAUUUUGAAUAUGAUUGGUCAGCUUUCAACAUCUCAUCGUCCAAUCCUUAAUUUUUUUAUGAGCGGACGUUUUUUUUAAAGCUAUGUGACAGUUUUAAUCACCAUUUUUUCUGUUUCUAAAAGC